UUUCCACUCACUUUCUCACACUUCAAAAUGGCGGCGUUGAGCAGCGCCGAGUCCCCACCGCCCGUAUUUAACGGAGACACCUCGGAGCGGCAGCCGGGCAGGGAGCCGGCCCUGGGGGAGCUGGGCGCAGCGCUGGACCCCUCCUGCCCGGUGGGGAUCCCCGGAGGUCCGCAAGAUGAGGAGAUCUGGAACAUCAAACAGAUGAUAAAGUUGACCCAAGAACACUUGGAGGCUCUUCUGGACAAGUUUGGAGGAGAACACAAUCCUCCCUCCAUAUAUCUAGAGGCCUAUGAGGAGUACACAAGUAAGCUGGACGCCCUGCAGCAGAGGGAGCAGCAGCUCCUGGAAGCCAUGGGCAACGGCACGGAAUUGUCCUGCUCUCCAACACCUGUACCACCACUCCUGCAAGUCAAGAUGGGAGGGUGUGCGGUCGGAGGGGGCGCUCAGGCAUUUCCCACGGCGCCAAACACAUUGGCCGUCCUGCAGACGCCUACGGAUGCAAGUCGGGCCAACCCUCGCUCCCCACAGAAGCCCAUCGUCCGGGUCUUUCUGCCUAAUAAACAAAGAACAGUGGUCCCGGCCCGGUGUGGGAUGACAGUGCGAGACUCGCUAAAGAAAGCUCUAAUGAUGCGAGGACUCAUCCCAGAGUGCUGUGGAGUCUACAGGAUACAGGAUGGGGAAAAGAAGCCUAUUGGUUGGGACACGGACAUCUCCUGGCUGACAGGGGAGGAGUUACAUGUUGAAGUGUUGGAGAAUGUGCCACUCACGACGCACAACUUUGUGAGGAAGACCUUCUUCACACUGGCCUUCUGCGACUUCUGCAGAAAGCUGCUUUUCCAGGGUUUCCGCUGCCAGACGUGUGGCUACAAGUUCCACCAGCGCUGCAGCACUGAGGUUCCCCUCAUGUGUGUGAACUACGACCAGCUAGAUUUGUUGCUAGUAUCAAAGUUCUUUGAGCAUCACCCUUUCACCCAAGAGGAAGUCUCCUCAGAGGGAACCACUCCCGUGUCUGAAGCGUGUCCAUCACUCCCCCCAUCAGAUUCCACCGGGUCAAUAUGCCAUACUACUCUGUCACCGUCCAAGUCCAUACCCAUCCCACCAAGUUUCCGUGCCAGCGAGGAGGAUCACCGCAACCAGUUUGGUCAGCGGGACCGCUCAUCGUCUGCCCCCAACGUCCAUAUCAACACCAUCGAGCCUGUCAACAUCGAUGACCUGAUUCGAGAUCAGGGCUUGGCAAGGUCCGAUGGAGCCCCCCCGACCCACCCUGCCCGCUGCUUGAGGAAGCACCGAACACGGACCUCAAGCCCCCUCCUAUACUCCUACCCCAAUGACAUAGUGUUUGAUUUUGAGCCUGAGCCUGUUUUCCGAGGGUCCACUACCGGACUAUCGGCCACACCCCCCGCAUCGCUACCUGGCUCUUUGACCAACGUCAAGAUUCCGCAGAAGUCGCCAUGCCAACAGAGAGAGCGCAAAUCGUCGUCGUCAUCUGAGGACCGUAACAAGAUGAAAACACUGGGGAGGAGGGAUUCUAGUGAUGACUGGGAAAUCCCAGAGGGUCAGAUCACUCUGGGUCAGAGGAUAGGCUCUGGCUCCUUUGGGACAGUCUUCAAGGGAAAGUGGCAUGGUGACGUGGCGGUGAAAAUGUUGAACGUCACUGCUCCCACACCUCAGCAGCUUCAGGCCUUCAAGAAUGAAGUGGGAGUUCUCAGGAAAACGCGUCACGUGAACAUCCUGCUGUUCAUGGGCUACACCACUAAGCCUCAGCUGGCCAUUGUGACCCAGUGGUGUGAAGGCUCCAGCCUAUACCACCACCUGCACAUCAUCGAGACCAAGUUUGAAAUGAUCAAGCUCAUCGACAUCGCCAGGCAGACAGCUCAGGGCAUGGAUUACCUGCACGCUAAGUCCAUCAUCCACCGAGAUCUGAAGAGCAACAAUAUUUUCCUCCAUGAGGAUCUGACGGUGAAGAUUGGUGACUUUGGCCUGGCCACAGUCAAGUCCCGAUGGAGUGGCUCCCACCAAUUUGAACAGCUGUCUGGCUCCAUACUGUGGAUGGCCCCAGAGGUCAUCCGGCUGCAGGACAAGAAUCCCUACAGCUUUCAGUCCGAUGUCUACGCCUUUGGCAUUGUGCUGUAUGAGCUCAUGUCUGGAGCGCUGCCCUACUCCAAUAUCAACAACAGAGAUCAGAUCAUAUUUAUGGUGGGCCGAGGUUAUCUGUCCCCCGACCUCAGCAAAGUGCGUAGCAACUGCCCGAAGGCCAUGAGGAGACUAAUGGCUGACUGCUUGAAGAAGAAGAGAGAGGAGCGACCGCUUUUCCCUCAGAUCUUGGCAUCCAUUGAGCUGCUGGCUCGCUCGUUACCCAAAAUCCACCGCAGCGCCUCGGAGCCUUCGUUAAACCGAGCAGGCUUUCAGACGGAGGACUUCAGCUUAUAUGCUUGCGCCUCACCCAAAACUCCCAUCCAGGCAGGAGGCUAUGGAGAGUUCUCAGCAUUUAAGUAAGUGCUGUAUGCCACCACUCCAUCCGUCGUCACUGCUCCUCACGGUGGAUUAAUUCAUCACUGGAAAAAAAACUAUAUAGUCUUAAAGAAUGUGCCGUUUUCUUCCUCUAUCAACCUAAUGACGGGAUUCCUUCCAACUAAAAGCUGUCUAGACGGCAAAGUAGCCGAAAAGCGACAAGCAACCAGAAUUAGGAAAAAAAAAACAUGUAGAAACACACAUAAAAAAAAAAAACGAUACUUGAAGAAUGCAAAUGGCAAAGAAAACCAAGCACGAAGAAAUCCAUACUGUUUGGAGGAAAAGGUGAGGCAUACUUCCCCGGUGGACCAGCCUGCCGAAGAAGAUGGCUGUGAUGCGGCGACGAGCUGACGCGUUGGAAGGUAGAUGCUCCGCCCUUCAUUUCCUGUGCAGGUGAGGAAGAGAAGGGAUGCGGUCCUGUUCGGGCCACGGGGCGCAAGGAGGCCUGUAGGGGGAGCCCUCUGUCAGGCCAGGCUCGACGUCGUUCCUGUGAUGAGUUAAGAAGUGGGAUCACCUCCCAGCUACUGUAUAACUUGAAAGCUAGAUUUUUAUAUAUAUAUAUAUAUGGAUAUAAGUUUGUCAUGCUUCAACAUAAACUAGGAAUAUUCUUUUUUUUUUUUUUUUCGCAUUCUGCAGCUGUUUUUUUUUGCCACGUUUGUUUUAAUGCCGAUACCUCUUUGAAUGAGACAUUUCUGCGAGUUGUCAGUAGAACCCAACAUGAUACGGCAACAAAAGGUGUUUUUUGGGGGAGGGGGUGAUAAAAUCUACACAAAUGUUUUCCAUUUUAAAGCCUUGGUCUCAACUGGAAGCAGUAAUUGAGCAUAAGAGGUGUAGAAAUUCUUGAUUUGAUUGAUUUCUUUUUUCUUUUUGCCUCUUUUUAGAUUAAAAGAAAUAUAUAAUAAUUUUGCAUUAACGUCAGGAGCAAGCGGGUAUUGUUCUUGUGGAUGGGAGGAACCCAAGAGUGCGUUCUUCCCUGGGCCAGUGUACAGUACAUAUUUGCAACAAAGCCUUUUCUUAGCCUAACGUGCACAUUAGGGGUGGGCGAUACUGCAAAUUUUGGUAUCGAUCCGAUACCGAGUAAAUACAGGGUCAGUAUUGCUUAUACUGUUACUUUUUGCUUGAAAACAAUUUACAAUAUCUACAAUGUAACAAUACGAAGACAACAACAACAAAACACACUGGUAUUUGUGAGAAUAAACAAGACAACUGAAAAAUAUAGCUCUCAUCGUGGCAGUAUCAAUCUGAUACUAUAGAUACUAUUUGGAUCGAACCGCCCACCCACAGUUUAUGUGACGUCAUUGUUUGCUAUUUUAGUUUAGUCAUGGAUCACGUGGCUUUGAUGUUGCUGCGCACUGCGUAAAUGGGGAUCCCACUUCUAGCACCAAGCUGCGGUGUUACUUCCUUUGCAGACCCUUUCUUUCCAGAAUGUCUUUUUUUUGUGACAUUUUCUGUAAAAACCUGUAGUAUUUAUUUGUUGUUGUUUUUUUUUUUUUUUACAUUUUCAGAAACUUUGCUUUACUUUGAAGCGUUCUUGCUAAGUCUUGCUGACAUGCACUUUUGUAGAAAUUGAUUGAAGCAAAUGAGCGACUACAUUUUUGGGGGAAGGAUUUUUUUUUUCGUCCCUUUUAUUGACAAACAUGCAUGUGUAUCCAUUCCUACAGCACAGACAAUACGGUUGAUUUUAAUUAAUAGAUUUGUUGUGUAGCUGAAAAGCAUUCAUGAAGGCUGGUCUCCUUGCACAUGAGUGUGUGCUACAUUAUGUUGCUGAUUCUUGGAGUCUGGAAACCUGGACAUGCAUGCUUUUCAUCAGAUGCGCCGUUGCACUACUACAUUAUUUUAUUGGUAAUACUUGGGUUCUUUCUGUGCUGCAUUGGAUUAGUAACGAGUAACGUUGGAUAAAAGCUAAACGUAACAUAACAAGCUCUGAACAAGCAUUUUCUCUUAUUCAGUAGCAUAGAGUAGAUAUCUACAUUUCCACAUUUACAGUAAGCAUCAAAAUCUCCCCUUUACACUGACACCAAAUUCAUCCAUGUAGACCAGGGGUGUCCAAAGUGUGGCGCGGGGGGCAUAUGCGGCCCGCGGCUGUUUUUUGUUGUUUGUUUUGUUUUUUUAUUGGCCCGCGGCACAUUUAAAAAAAUAUAUAGAAUUUAACAAGAAAAAUUUAAAAAACAAAACAGUAAAAAUGUACAAAUCAGCAGUAAUUUAAAAGGAAUAAAGUCCAAAUAUUAAGAGAAAAACAUAAUUUAACAGUGAAAUUUGUAAUUGUAUGAUUUAAAAAAAGAAAGUAAUUUUAGUAGCAUAAAACUGAAAUAUUUGACUUUUUUUUAAAAAAGUCAGAAUAUAAAACAACAAAGUAAUUUAUGGAAAAUUAGGUUGUGGAAAAAGUUACGCGAUAAGUCAAAAUAUUACGUCAUAAUUGCAAGAAAAAAUGACGAAUGUUAAAGUAUAAAUAAAGUUGUAUUAUAGGGAGAAAGUUGCAAUUUUACGAGAACAAAUUUAUAAUAUCAGGAAAGAUGUCUUUUUUUUUUUACCUCGGAAUAUGAGAAACAAACAAAACAAAAUAAAGUAAAAAAAUAAAAUAAAGUUGUAAUUUUUGGAAAAUAAGAUUUGGGAAAAAUAUAUAUAUAUUAUUGGAAUAAAGUCAUAAUGUUCCCAAAAAGAAAAUUUACCAAGGUUAUUUAAGAAGAAAGUUGAAAUAUCAUCCUAAUACACUCUUUCAACUAUAUCACAAAGCUAUGACACACACACACACACACACACACACACACACACACACACACACACACAUCUACAUACAUGUGUUCCUUUCAUUUUCCAGUAUGUGGCUCUUGGAAAAAGUUUGGACACCCCUGAUGUAGUCGACCUUGCAGAUGCACAGAAAAACUCUAUUUUGUCUUUUUCCAGCAAAAUUGCCCAGGGCCAGGGAAGUUAAGCUAAAGGGCAGGGCAGUUUAAACAUUUGGAGAUGUUCAGGUUUGCACUACUUGACCUUUUGGUUUAUACUGUAUACGUACAUUUCUGGAGAAAAUUCUAGGGUUACGUUAUGUUUAAUGUUGUCUACAGACCCGUUAUAUGAUGUACCGUCGAUUCCAUCCACUAAACACCUGGACAAAAUUUGUUUAUGAAGGAUAGGUAAACUUACUUGACAUGGUCCAGAUAUUUCAGAGCCAAUAAAGAUGUUUUUUUUUUUGCGAUUAUAAAGCGGUUUAGCCACUUUCAAAUGUGUUUUAUGCUAUUUCUAGAAUGACUUUAUUCUAUACAUAGUUUAUGGUAAAAUGAACAUGACUGAAAAGCUGGCUUCAUUGUGGCAUCAUAUCACAUAUCGCAGAGUUUGAGUGAAUUUGAUGUUGCGGAAUUUUUGGAGCUGCUGAAUUGAAGGCUGAGUUUGUAUAAUUUCACUUUUUUGUUCUUUUUCACUGAAAGUCGGCGCCCUUCCUUCACCCAGUGCAAUGGUUCUCAAUUCUACCACCUCCAAAUUAGUUUGCUUUGCAAGUACCACUAUUUUUUUUAUACCUCCGCUUACCCUCAUGGUUUAGCUUUGAAUAUGUGGCUUGUAUUCACAGGUAAAUUGGCUUGUGAAAUAUGAGGUGAGAUAAACAACAUAAGCAAAGGAACAUUUUAUUUGAAUUCAAUUUAAGCGACUCUUUGGUCAUUCGUAUUGUGCAAUCAUUUCAUAUGUACUAGUAUAUGUCUAAUAUUUCAUUUUUAUUUUUUAUGUUAUUUUUUUAAAGGUGUUCUGAUUACCACUUGAUGGCGCACGUGUACCGCCAGUGGCACUGCUACCACAGUUUGAAAAUCCAUUACCUAGGCUGUCUCAAAUCAAAUACUUCCUUCAAUAAGUAUACUGUGUAGACAGUAUUUAGUUCCUAUAUGUGCAAAUUUUGACUAUGUAGUCGAUUACUGUUACUCUGCAUUUAUCGGAAAUUACGAUCGCAAUAUUUACCCGCUGCUUCUUCUCUCCUUUGUUUAAUUUUUUUUUCACAAAUUGCAACCACUUAGUUGGUCCUGUUAUUACGCGGUGACUACUGAGGGUGGUAAGUGUCCAGCACUGUGUACUCACCACUUUGGCCGUUAUGAGUGCAACACUCUUAUACACUGAAAGGUAAAGUACGUGCAUAAAGCACGGAAGGCUGUGUUUCAGUUGGCGCAUUUCCGUAUUUACACUUACCAUUAUGAGUGCGUAAGUGUGUUUGAGCUGAGAAGUGCGACAGAAAAGGAGUGCACCGUCACCCGGGUGUUGCGCUCUGAGAGGCCAAAAUGACGAGUGUGCGGUAAUGCACGCUUACCACAAGGCUUACCACCCUUAAUAGCCGCCGUCUUGGCCACUAUUGGUUGCUGCAAUUCACAAUUAAAAUGGAGAGAAGAAGAAAUAUUGUAGCUGUCAUUUCUGGUACGAACGCAAUGACAGUGAUGGAUUUAGAACAGCACCACACCGUCAAAAUGUGCGCCCUCAGGAACCAAGUACGCAGUAUACGAAGUACACAUAUUUAAGUGUAAAGAUAGGAUUGCGUGAUUUGAGGCACAGCCCUGGUGUAUUGUACUAGUUACUGAAAUAAGCAUUUGUUAAUAAUGUGGAUAAGGCCGCUUAUAAAUUGCCUAAAAGUGACCUCCAUUGCUGUCCUCUUGCCACAGUUUUGUUAAUUAUUGUUAUAUAGUCCUGGAUUUUCGUCUUUGCUAUGCAUGCACCUUAACCGAUGAAGCCCUGAGUACAUUUCAUUCAAGAGAAAACGUCCAUGUCCAACUUUAUUUCUUUGUUUGCUUGUUGACUUCAUUCCUCUCACUUGUAAAUAGUGUACAAAGUGGAAAAAAAAUAUCGUCAGUUUGCUAGGAAGGCAUGGAGACUUCACGUUGUAAACAAAAAUGAAAGAUUUUUGAAAGGCACACCUGAAGGACAAAAAACCGAAAUAUUUAAAGCUGUAUCAUAAGGAGAAAGAGCUUAAUGUAUUUGUUGUGAAUAUGAAAAAACUGAUAUAUUAAAGAUGUGCAUGAA